AUGGCACACCCCGGCCCCAUCCUCGAGGGCGAGUUUCUGCGCAUGCUGCAGCGGUGCAUGCCGCCCGCGGGGUGGCCCGCAAAGCUCGCGGUCGCCCACUCCGGCGGCGCAGACUCGACGUGCCUCCUCUACCUCCUCACCCAGCUCACGAAGGCACCCCCACCGUCCGCGUCCGCGCCCACGCGCGCGCACGCGCUCCCGCGCGAGAUACUCUCGCUCACGGUGAAUCACGGGCUGCAGGACGCCUCGGACGGCAUGGCGCGGCACUGUGCGCGCACCGCGCGCGCGCUCGGCGUGCCGCACCGCGAGCUGCGCAUCCCGUGGGGCGUCGCGCCGUUCCCCGCGCGGCCGGGCUCGAACCCGGGCACGGACGGGGGCGCGGGCGCAGGUGGGGGCGCGGGCGCGACGGAGGGCGUGGCGCGGGACGCGCGGUACCACGUGCUGGUGCGCGCGAUGGCGGCGGGCGGGGCGGACGCGAUCGCGUUUGGGCACCAUGCGGACGACCAGGUGGAGACGGCGCUGAUGCGGCUCGCGCGGGGGAGCUCGGUGCUAGGGCUCGCGGGGAUGCGGCGGGUGCGGCGGUGGGGGAUGGGGAUGGGGAAGGAGGAGGGCGAUCUGGGGUGGGCGGGCGCGCGGGGGAUGGGCAGGUGGGUCGUGCGGCCGCUGUUGACGGUUGGGAAGGACAGGAUCCUCGCGACGUGCGAAAAGGCGGGGCUGGAGUACGUCGACGACCCGAGCAACUUCCAGCCGGAGCUCACGCUGCGCAACGCCGUGCGGCAGAUGCUCGAGCGCACCGCGCCCGCCGCCGGCCUGCCUGAGCGCCUGGCGGAGGACCUCCGGACGAUCGUGAAGCGCGCCGAGAGCGCGGACCUGCCGAUCCCGCUGGACCUCUCUGGGAGCCGCGAAGAGCUCCGGGGCGCCAUCCUGUCCUUCACCGAGCACGCAGAAAACAUCGAAAGCCAGGCGAGCGCCUUCAUCAGCCGCCACUCCGUCGCCUCGCCGCCGUCCACCUUCCUCUUCUGCACGGACAGAAUCCAGAACAUGGACGACCCCGUCGUGAACGCCGCCGUCCUCUACCGCAUCCUGCGCUACGUCUCCCCCGCGCCGUGGGGCUCCAACGUCGCCGAGGGCCGCCGCCGCAGCGAGGGCAUCGCGCGCCUCGCCGACCGCCUCUGGAACACGCCCGCCGCCGCCGCCCAGGCGCAGGCAGAGCGCCACCCGUUCGCGUCCGUCGGCAAGGUCCUCUGGAACCCGAUCCGCAUCGGCAGCGACGGCCGCCUGCGCUACGAGACGCCGCAGCCGUACGAGCGCUACGGCUGGAUCGCGUCCCGCGCCCCGCCCUCGACGCGCGAGCCCAACCCCACCGUCAUGGACGUCACCGACAAGGUCGCCGCCGCGCUCGCCGCGCGCGCGCACCCGCGUGUGGGCGAUGCGCACGAUGCGCACGCGAGCGGCGCGCUGGAGGUGCUCUACGACAACCGCUUCCUGCUGACCUUCCGCCUCGCCGCGGCGCCCGCGGCGCUCCUCCCGUCGCUCGCGGCGGGGCACGCGCGCAUCGUCGUCGAGCCGCAGUCGCGCUGGUUCUGGCCGCGCGUCGUCCUGCGUCAGACGCACCCGGAGCCGGGCGACACGACGCUCGCGAGCGUGCCGGCGCAGGAGAUGAUGUGGUACAGCGGGAACUUUCGGCGGCGGGCGGCUGCGACCGCGACGCCACCCGGCGCGGAGGAAGACUCGUGGGUCGACGUACGGUUCAUACGCGUUAUGAAUGAUUUUUGACUGCUGC